AUGGCGGAUCGUGGAGACGAUCUUUUUUUGUUUGGCGAUGAUUUUGAGGCGAUUUUAGACAUCCUUGAUGAAGAUGAGGUGCUACAGGAACAAUUUUCAACUGCUGCCAGUGAAGUAAGUGCAAAAUAUGUAAAAAUUUACACGUGUUUGGUCUAUUCGAAGGAUUUACGGAGCCACACGCGACUGUACUGUCACGCGAGCAAACAACAGUAAACAAAGAAUUUCCCGACGUUUUCAGAUGAUAAUUCCCAAGCUAUAUUCUAGAAAAUUUAUAAAACUAUAUUUAGUUUAUUUGGCAGAAGUGCCUUAGAUGCUAAAAAUUGCCUGGCGUUUGCUUUGUUGAGAAGCGUUUACAGAGAAUGCGAUUGCAACCUGACAACAAACUCGACACGACACAAAUGCCUUCGAAAGACGGCAAGAAUCUUAACAUUUGAUCAUAUUUAGUGGAGGCAGACUGUAAUAUGAUAGAACAAUUUUUUUUUCGUAGGUCCAAUCAAGCGAGAUCGUGUGCAGCGACUGUGGGAAAAAGUAUAAAACAAGAGGAGGAUAUCAAAGGCACCGAGCUGCAAAACACAGUCCAAAUCCGAACGAGCAUCGUUUGACUUUGACUUUGACUCCAAGCAUUCUAGCUGAGAUUGUACGCAAUGCUUUAAAGAACAUUUAUCAAAGAGAAGUGUUUGCAGGAGAACUAAGGGAGGAGUUAAAACAGUAUGAGUAUGCAGUGCUUGAAGGUUAA